AUGGUAAGGCGGUGGAGAAGGAGUUGGGUACUUUUCAGCGGAGAUCACCAGCAUACCGCUCAAGGCUAAGAGAAGACACAGGACUGCCGCCAUGACCGUCAUCGCUACCCGAUCCCUUGGAGGGGUCGCCGAAUCUUAUAAACCUAACCUUCUCAGCCCAACCCUUCCACCGCCUGCUCUCUGCCGAGCUUUGGUGUUUGAUGCUGAGAACCAGCGGGCAGCGCCCCAAUUUAUAGGAGUUGAGGGACGGUGGCGAACGGGUUACGGGCGCCUGCCUGAUCCAAAGAAGGACCACUGAAAGAAGAAAAAUAUGAUAUUCUAUUAUUUUCUUGAGAAUCGGUUGGAGGGGUCUUGUGGCUGUCCGACUGGGCUCAUGGUCCACGCCUAUGACUUCUUCCUGUUCGCGGCCAUGUUCCAUCACGGUGGCUGCAGGUUUGAAAGUGUUCCCCAUUGAGACAGAAGCAGUGGCUACAUGCGGAAACACUCCGGCCGCAUUGUUAUCAAGUCUUUCGAUGACGAAGUGGCCAUUUUUCAUCUGUUUUAUUGUCGUCGGCCGUGUUGGUGAAGACGGAGACGGAUUUUAGCUGAUUAUCACAAAGUUGAUAGGGCCGGCCAGGGCGUCACUAUAACGCUCGCGCGCGCGCGCGAGAGAGAGAGAAGGUUAACACAGAGUUGAUACUUCGAUAACCACGGCAUGAGAAAAUAAGCAUUGAAUCUGUUCAUUGGACCGGCCCGAGGAAAUGUAAGUGGCCAUCCAGGCCGAGCUGGGCUCUGGACUUACCCGUGUCACUAAAGGCUCCAAGUAGGAUCCAGUCACAGUGAAGGAUAAAACAAAUUAAAUGGGCAAGUAUGCAACUCCCCAAGUCAUCAGUUGGAGACUAAUUGGGUUUUAGAAGACUUCAAAGCCAUCCAGAUAUGAAUAAACCACCUACUGUUGAAUAUUGUGGACCACUAGAUUUAUAAGAAUAUGUGUUCAUAAAAAACCCUCCAGUUGCUUCCCACUCUUUGUCCACUGAUUAAAACUUUGGUUCUUCUUCACCUCGCCAUCCGCCCCGGCGGUGUUCGGUAGAUCCGGUGGCAACGCCGGCGAAUGAGAUGCAAUUAUAGAGAGCAUUUUAGGUGGGGAUUGGAGUUCCUUGAAAAAUCAUAUAGGAACACACCGAUCCCAAUCCGAAUCGGCUGAUCGCUGUGUUAAACUUCUCCUUCCUCCUAAGAACAGUAGUUGAAGGAGCAAAUGAUAGCUGUAAGCUCCCUAGGCCUCAUACACACCCGUUUCCCUUUUCCACUCUCCUUCGAUCACCAGGCCUUAGCUUCAAUCUCUGUGACUAUCAUUCUCUCCCUCUCUCUCGCUCGUGUCUAGUUAGACAGACACGUUCCAGACGGCCGCCUCGCCCUCGCCGCACGUGCGGUGGACUUCCUUCAUAUGGUCAACGGCUUUGCAGACGCCACAGCAGGACCAAUCAAAACUGGCCACGCAAAUGUUCCCCGCCUACGUCUUCCACUCGAGUCUACAGAGAGAAUGGCGGCGGCGAUGAGAGAGAUAUUGGUAGGGGUUCGUCUCUUUGGGUCCAAUUCCGGGGGCCUGCAUGGACCGGGAGGUGGGGUACCUACCUGGGGGCGUCCCGCAGCACAUGGUGCGCUCGUCCACGUGGAGGACGUCGAGGCCGAUCAGCUAGGAUCCGAGGGACACGUCCUCGUUCGCGUACCUGUGUAGUAUGGGCAUGUAUGGAACUCGGACCAUUUACAGACAGAGAGAGAGAGAGAGAGAGAGAGAGAGAGAGAGAGAGGGAUGAAUGGAGGGAAAGAGAAACGAAGAAGGUAGAUGCAAGGAGAGAGUAGACAAUAAUGCAGGCAAAAGAGGAGAGAGUCAGAGAGGGAGAGAGAGAAACGAGGGGGAAGUAUGUGGAGUGGACGCACGAGUUGUUGGAGAUGUAGGCAACGAGGUCCUUGGAGAUGGCGUAGAUCUGGCCGGUGGCGUGACGGCAGUACUUGUUCCUUUCUUCGCCGAACUUCCAGAACUCGGGCCGUGGUACUUCACCCCUGUUCUGCCGUUCACCCGGUCAGACGAGGCUCCCCGCGGUGCGGUGCUCUCUUGGCCAGGAUCUUGAUGAAGCUCGAGGGAAUGAAUAUUCCUGGGACAGCACCGGUCCGGACAUCAUGCAGCCCACGUACACUUCAUGCCGUUCACCCGGCCGAGGACGAAGCUGACCGCGCAGAGGGUGGCCACCGCCUUCCCCGGCAGGACCCUCGCCAGCGGCUUCUUCUCCAUCUGCAGCGGCGCCGCCAUGGACGAGUAUCAGACCAGUGGUGAAGCGUCGGGACUACUCCGGUGGGAUCAAGAAGAAGCCGAUGAGGGUAUUUCUGCUCUCAUAAUCAGCGUGGUUCACUUCCUCUGUAAGAGUUAUUUGAAGCUUUCAGGGUAACACAUUAAAAACCCCUGCUGAUUGAAGGUCAUCCCAGAUAAACAGAGAGAAAGAGAGAGAGAGAGAGAGAGAGAGAGAGAGAGAGAGAGAGAGGAGAGAGGGUUCUCCCAGCUCUUGCUGGCGACAGGGUUGAGAGAGAGGGAGAUAGAGAUAAAGAUAGACAGAUGGUGUGAGAGAGAGAGGGGCCACGGGGGAUGAAGGGCUGGGGAGGGGGAGGGUAGGGCCACGGGGCAGUUGAGUCAUGCAGCCCAGGCGCACCCCGCUUAACGACCAUAAUACUUUUUCUAAAUAGAAUUAUAUCCUUUUUAUUUAGUACCUGUCUUUAGGUACACAGAUGUAUGGCCCCUUUAGAGUAUAAACCUCAACCCGGCCCUUUAAUCAUUUUCUUUUUUCUAUAUUUUAUUUUAAAAUAAAGACGAUAAAGAAAAAUAUGAGUAGCCAGUCCCUCUCUCUCUCUCUCUCUCUCUCUCUCUCUCUUCUUCUUUCUCUGUCUUGGCGCUGGGCUUGAUGGAGGCCCAGUGGUCCGUAAGUCCCAUUGCCACGUGGAAGAGCAAGAUGGUAUGUGGCCUGGCAGAUGGACAGUCGGCUGAUGGCGAAAGGAGUUGAGGUCAUAGAUUGCUAAUGCUCACCAAAGGUGGCAAUAACCAUCGGUGUCCGAGGUUUUUCAUAAACUCCCACUGCCUUCAACAAGAAGUGCUCAGCUCGGCUCGCCCAUGGCUUCUUACGCUAGAAGGAUCCUCUCGAGGAUGACGAUGGCUAACCCUCCGUCGAGGAAUGCAUCGACCUUCGCCGGCACCCGGAUUUUGGCGGCCAGAGGUCGGCCUUCUCCCCCCGAGGUGAUCGAGGAGGAGAUCCCGACGUCGGGAAUCAGCCGGCCCCUCGCUGAGGUCCUGCGAGAACUCAGCAAGCGAGUCCCUGAGUCCGUCAUCAAGGUUCGCGUGGAAGACGGCACGGAAGUCAAAUACGUCCCCUGGUUCGGAAUCGUAGAUGCUUUACCCUCUUCAUUGCUGCAAUUUUUUGACGUACGACCGUCAUUUUCUUUCUGGCCUCUGCUAUGUAUGCAUCCAUAGUUUUUUGCGGCUUUUCCUGUCAGUGUAUGACUUUUCGGAUGUGCUCACGUCCAAUUUCCGCCGAAUAUCUCCAUAGUUUGGCACAUUGUUUGUGGAUUAAUGCUCCUUUCGGCUAGAGAGAGCUCUGGGGGAAGUUUUGUGAUACCGCAUUUGAUGCCUGCGCGAAGAGGGGAGGAUUUUGAAGAGUGCCUUAGGUAUGUGAAGGGGACGGUAAAAUGAUUGUGAGCUUGGGAUUGACCUAGGCAACUCUCAUUUGAAGUUUCAGCGGAUAAUAGAACGAUUUCCAGGGCAUUAGAUAACCUAGCGCACCAGACACAGGUCUCAGUUUCAUGGAGCAAAUGCGUCUAUCUUCCGUUAUCAUAGAACUAAGUAUUUGGCUGUGGUAAUGGCCUUAGAAGCUGUUGAAGCGCGUCCUUUAAACUCUGUAUAUGACCCUCAUGUGUAUUCCAUUGAGAACUAAUUCGCCGGUGGUUCUAAAUUCUUGACGCAUUCUUUUUGAAAGAGGAGAUUGAGUAGAUAGCGUUGAUCCCUUUGAACUACAAGUCACCUACGGGCAACUUGUGGAAGGUCUUUGGAGGAUUUUCUAUGAUCACUUCCAACCGUGCUAUAGAACUAGAGAGAACAUCUACCGCAUAUGCCACAUUUUCAUGGAGAUUUCCUCCUUUAGAAUGUUAGAUUUGCCGUUUGAUAAGAAAGUUUUGUCAGAAGGUCAGUGGAGAUUGACGGAUGCCACAUUGCUGACAAUGGCUAUCAUAACUAUCAGUUGCAUGCUUUUUAUUCUAUCAUUUUCAUUCUCUGGCCCUCCCCAACACCUUCAAUAUCACCAAUCGACGUAGCUCAUCUCUCUCGCUUUCUCUCCCCCUUUAUGCCACUUAUCAUUCACAGUGCCUUGGUAGAUAUAUUACCCUAUUAAUUAAAUUAUUUUUAAACUGCCUUAUUUUUGCUUGAUCUUUCUCUCUAAGGGAGCCUAAUACCUUUUGAGCCCAUCCUCUUCUACUGAUCAGGCACCCACGAGAUCAAAUAAACUCUUAUUAAUGUGUGAUGAUCUUUGAUUUUUGAAUCAUUCAUGAACUCGCAUUUUCUUUGUUUUUUUUUUUUCUUGAAAUGUCAACUAGGAAAAUUGUCUUGAUCAGAGAGUUUUACGUAGUUGAUUAUUACUCUUUCUGUGUAUUAUUAUUUCGAUUGUUUCUUUCUCGUGUGAAACUUUCUGCUACUACUAAGUUCAUUUUCUUCCUCACUUUCUUGCAGGCAUAUUGUGAAUCGGAUUAUGAAUAUGCAGGCCCCGGGUGCUUCUUUUUCUUCUUCUUCUUGUCCCAGUUGCUCAAUAGGAGACUGUCGGUUAAUUUUUCUUUCUUGGGUUUGUAGAAUGGUCAGGUGAGGUUAGAAGCAUCACGUAUUCAGCUGAUGGCAAGUCAGUAUCAGUCAUCUACCGUGUGACUCUCUAUGGAACUGAUGCGGAGGUAUUUUCUGAGCUCAGUUAAUGUUUCUGUAAACCAUUCGCAGACUCUGUAUUAAUUUUUAUUUAUAAUUCUGUACAUUGGAAUUAUGCAGGCUUAUUUCUCUCCCGUGUAUAAUUCUAUCAUUUCUUUUCAAAAAUAAUUGUCCUUGUGCUAUCCACUCUUAAGACGCGUUCUGUCAUCUUCAUCUUAUCAGCUAAUAGCUUCAAAAUUGUGACGUAGGGUUCUUUUAAAUGUCAAAGAUUAGAUUGGAUGUCUCAUAUGUUGACAUGUAUAUUAUUGACAAAAGAAGCAUGGCUUCACCGUCUUCUUUCAUUGUGUUGAUCAACAAUAGGACGUUUCAAGAGUAGAAUCUAGUUGUUCUUGGACAGAUCUUCUUUCUGUAUUUUUGCUGCCUGAAGAAGAGAUGGAUCUUGAAGGUGUGAUCCCAGCAGCACCAAACAGGGGUGCUGUAACAGCUGACUAAGAUCUAAAAACCCAUUUAUUUAUUCCAUCAUUGCCUGAAUUUACAACUUUUAAUUGAUUUAAUUCUCCGGAAUCCUUUUCAGAUCAAUUUAAUUAAUCAUGAACUACACACCAACAUCGGUGAAUGAACUAGUUAGAUCCUCCACAUGCUCAACUCGCGAGCUUAUCUCACCACUGCCAUCGGUUUUUUUAGAAGAAAUAUGUGCUCCAUCUGACGAAUGAGUUCCAGAUUUGAUCCGUUUCAUCGCUUUCUAAUCCACCAUAAUUCGCCACUCGUCAGAUCUUCUGCAUCUGAUAUCAUGGGUUCAUCUUCUUACUGCCAUCGAUAUUUUAAGACAAAUGUGGUUUAUCCAUCUCAUGAGUUCACAUUAUUGCUUGAAUCAAUUUUUCCAUAAAAAGAUUCUUCUUUGCCUGAUGAAUGGCUUCCAGAUUUAUCGGGAAUCCACUGGAACAGCAUCUGUGGACGACACAAGCUAUGGGGAUCCUGUGCAGAAGGCCGAAGCAAUGGCCUUCCGACGGGCCUGCGCUCGCCUCGGGCUUGGCCUUCACCUCUAUCACGAAGAUCUGGCCUAGGAAGACAACCUGACACAUUGAAGCAAUUUUGGCUAUUCUCAGGGUGCGUAUGUAAACUUUUGUACCUUGAUACGUGCUUCACUGGAUUGGGCACCCGUCUUCAAUGCGGCUACACUGACAGGGGUUGGGCGAUGAUGAUUUUUAUUUAUAACACCCGCGACAUGUAAUGAAGUAUAAAAAACCCUCGUAUUUAUUCAAUUAGUAAAAAGCGUUUUUAUCCUUGGGCUCCCAAUAUGGGGGGACCUCCCUGCCCCAGACUGGUGGUCUCAAGAGGGGCUAGUCGGCCCAAGCUAGGGGGAUUUGACCAUGGCCCAGUCUUGUGGCCCAUGUGAGCCCAGAAAUUGGGUUCUCGGUCCCAGCCCUGUGGGCCAAUCAAACAUUACAAUGUAUAAUAUAAAUUGAAUAAUAGUAAAGUAAUAAUAUAUGUGUAUUUCUUUAUUUUUAAGUCUCGUUUUGAAUGCCUUUGAAUUAAUAAUUUUGUUGUGGUCUUUUAAGUAAUUAAUGGGUUUUUCAUUAAAUAAAAUUGAAGGGCCUGAAGCAGUAGGCUUUGACCGGAUGUCUGCUAAGUGGAGAAAAAAGUGACGUUGGAGGAUUUUCAUCUGGUCUUCAAUAUAAUUUAUUAUUUUAUGGGUAAUUUUAGUAAAACUAUUAAGAUUAGUGAGUUCUAGAAUUAAAUAAAAAUUGGGGGCCUGAAUCAUGGGGCUUUUUUUUUAUGGCGGAAGAUCGGAGAGGUUUACCGUCAGAUAUCUGUCAUGUGGAGAAAAAAGUGACGUUGGAGGAGGUCUAUCAUCGUGUUUUGCCGCGCAAACCAGAGGACGGGAGGUCGUCAGAGGCGGCAGGGAGGCUCGGCGGCGAGGGCAGCGGAGAAGGAGCGCAGUGGAAAGGGAGACCGGUCGACUGGGGCUACCAUGGCCGGCGCAGCGUCUCCUUCUUCCAAGACGGUGAUGAUAACUGGAGUGAGCCGAGGGCUGGGGAAGGUGCUGGCCCUGGAGAUGGCAAGGAGAGGCCACACCGUCGUCGGCUGCGCGCGUUCCCAAGAGAAGGUCCAAUCCCUCCAGGCGGAGGUCGCCGCCGUCACUCCGGCGGGAGCUGCCGCUCCCAGGCACUUCUUCUCCACCGUCGAUGUGGUGCGUAAGGGUUUUGUUUCGUCUUGUUCUCGGCGUCCAACUCGCGUGAUUUCUUCCGUUCGGAUUACUGAUUGUCGCCCUACGUUCCGCGGGGGUGCGGUUGGGCUUCCGCCGUAGAGCUCGGACGCUCGCGUGCGGGAUCUGGCGAGGCUUCUCGUGGAAACGAACCUGGUGCCGGACAUUGUAGGUAUGCGGUUCUCAUCCCCUUCUCAUCACUGGAACUGUUUGGCUAGAAAACCUAAUUUGGCCGUUGGUUGUCUGGACCUAUUAAGACAUGAUGGGUCUACAGCAUAUUCCCCAGAUAGGGUGGCUCAACUUCCAAGAUUUUAGAAGAAUCCACAUUCUUAGCAAAGCGGAUCACUUUCCUCACAUACGUCGUUAUUUUUGUAAAAUUUGCUCUCUCCUCCCCCUCGGUGACAUCUCAUAUUCUAAGCGUAUUUAACUCCUUUGUUCUCCUUUCAUGCACUGCAAGCAUUAUUUGUAUCAUUUGCUUACUGCUAGAGUUUAAUUUUGGCAGUAAAGAUUCCACGGUUAUGCAAUGAUAACUUAUGAACAUCGGCUGCUCAUGUCUUUCCCAUGAGCAGUAGACGAAUACAUUCUGGAACAUUUGCCUCAAAUUUCCCAUGUCUUUUGAAUGGGGAACUGUGCAUUAACCUGAGAUAAAGUGAGAGGUUCAUUUGGUUGAAGAAAGUGGAUCGAAUUUUUUUGUACUCGAUGCUGACAAGAUAGAAGUUAGGUUUCCAUAACCAAGGGCCUUGUAUUCUGAACAAGGAACACGGCUGGAUCAAUUUUUUCUUCAUUGACUGAAGAGGAACUGAAAGAUAUUUCUGGGAAAGAGAAAGUGGUAAUAAGUCAUUCAUACUUGUUGUGCAUUGAAGCCCUAACCCCUGAAAUGCGUAUGUCGAGAACAUUCUCAUGUAUGACAUUAUAUGAAUGCAUCGAUUUUUUUAUGAACAAGGAACUUUCUGUGAGAGCUUAGAUUAUACACCCUUGUUUAAAAAUAUCAUCUUAAACUUUUAUGUUAGUGACCUUUUUACGGCUUCUUCAGUUUCAUUUUUAUAUCAGGGGCAUUGAAUCUUUCAUCUUUGUAUGAACAUCGUAAGUUUACUACUUAGAGGUAUUAUGGCUUGUAUCAUUGUUCUUUACGAUGAGGUGUUCUCCAAUGUAGUUUCUUGGAUGACUUUUUGAGUAAGUAAAACAAUAAAGAAGUACAAUAUUUUUUGGGCAAAUUUCUGAAUCCAUGGGUGGGUAGUACGACUCAACAGAUGAUUUGAAGGUUGCCAGCAGUCUUUGGAUGCCUUGUAUUGUAAUGGAACAAUACGAAUGGAGAAUCUGAAAAUAAUGAAGGUUCAUAGACACCAACUGGAGUCCUAGUGAUUGUAAGACACUAACUACGUGACCAUCUCCUAUAAAUAUACUCUCUUAAAAUCAGGUCACAUGCUUCAUCCAAUUUCAAUUUUCUUUAACUUAAAUAAUUGAUGACAGUAAGUAUCGUGGCUCAUUAUUGGGUAAAGAAGAUAGUAGAAUAAAUGCUGUGAUUUAAUCAUCGCAAUCAAACUCCAUAGAACUCAACUUGCUGAUUAUCAAAUUGGAAUCAUAAAUGUGAUGUACAAUGUAUGUAUCUUCUUUGAUCUUCAAAUUGAAGUGACAAUGCAUGAAAUACACCUUAUUUGAUGUUGUUAACUUAUCAAACCUAUUUGAGAGAGCCAUCAUGUCUUGUUAUAACCUUCUCAUUUAGAAUGUUAAAUGUAAUAUUUCUAACUAAGAUCAAACAAACUUCUUAGAAAAUUUGCCUGUCCAUCAGCUCCCAAUCUUUUUCAGACAUAUUAUCCAAUUUCAAAUCACGAAGUCAUAGAUAGAACUUCUUUUGAAAUAAAUAAUCCUCUAUCUUCAUCUUCUAAAAUAUGAAGUCUCUUCCAUUGAUCAUGUCAGUAUUGACAUUCCUUUACAUCAAGCCAUGGUUCCCACUCUUUCUUUUGAACUGAAUUCACAAAGUACAUGUGAUCGAAAGCCUAGGAUAACCUCAACCCAAAGGCUAAAAUACCAGUUCUUGAUGAUUGGAGAGUCCUCAUUUCUCUCCUCAUUUCUCACUUCUUGCACCAUGGAAAUCUGAUACAAAAUGUAAUCUAGGAGAGGGAGAAGGAGAUGAUAAUAAUAGACCACAUUGGAUUUACUCUACUCGUCAAAGUGCCCCUUGGAGCCCAUAGGGCCCAAUAGGAGAUUAACCUCCAUGUUCAAACACAAGUCACAAUGAUUCUUACUUUUAAAGCAGAAUUGAUACCCACGACCAUGAACGUCCUUUGGAAUUCCCUCCCACUCCCACCCCCUCAUCAUCACCACUAUCCUUGAUGUGUAUUACAUCCAUCUUGGCUUCAGGUAGAUGUGGACGAAAGAGAAUUGGUCCAUCCAAAAGCUAUUGCCUAUAGAGGAGAAAAGGGGAAAAAUGGAGUGAAAGAAAAACCUUCAAUUCGUUUCAUAUUAAAGUGAAUAUUAUACACAAGUUUACAUUGUUCUCACUCACAUACAGAGGAACCUAAUACCUAAGACUCCCCCCUCAAUAUGUGCUGUACAUAUUCUUAACAGCCAUCUUGGACAAUAAAAGGGACAAAUGAGGAGAGGGAAGAGGUUUAGUAAAAGCAUCUACUAAGCUUCUAAUCUCUUCUACAUAUUAUGCUUAAUUGUUAGAGUCUAAACUUUAGGAGAUUUGAUUGACGUUGACCUCACAAUAUUUAUUUUUUGACUUAUACCUUAGUGGAUAUCCAUGUAACUUGUAGCAUUUGUCCACAAUAUGACCUCUAAAAUUGCAAUGCAUACAAUAUAAGUCAUUUUUGUAUCCUUGUUGUGGUUUGAAAUUUCCUUAAGUCCUAUUAUUUGUUCUUACGUCAAAUGUCAUAGUGUUGGAUGAAUCAACUCUUUGUUGGACAUUGACUUGUCAAUGACAUGUUCUUGUUCUUUUGUCCCAUAAGAACAAACAAAUGAUUAGUUAUUUAACACUUCUUAAAUUAUUUUCAGCUUGGUGAAAAUCUCAUGUGAAAUCUCAUUGAGAUGAAGAGAGAGAAAAGUCUCACGAGAGAGAAAGAGAAGGAAAGAGAGGGAGAUCAAUCAAGAGAGAGGGAGAGAAAAGGAGAAGAUCUCACGAGAGACAGAGAGAGAAGAGAGGUUUCACAAGAGAUGGAGAGAGAGAAAUAAGAUGAAAAUGAAGAAAGAGAGAGAUACGGUCACGAGAGACCAUUUACGAAUGUGUGCUCGAAGAUUCACACACAUGACAUGAGGUCAGUCAUGAAUGUCUCCACAUUGUUUUAACAGUUCAAUGAUCAUUAAGCAAUUUUUCAUUUUGGUGAUUUUCACAUUUAAAAAUAGAAGAAUAACUAUUAUUUGUAAAAUACCAAGAACAUGAAUACAUUGAGAUUUGACUACAAAAAUCAAUAGAAAAUAAGUUGAAAAUAAUCUCAACUUAAUCUCAGAUGAGUUUGAAAGGAUUCAAAAGAAGAAUGAAGAUCAUUCAUCAAGUUUUGAAAUAGUUUUACUCAUUUCAAUUGAAAUGUGCAUGAAACUAAAAUAACUUGUCAUAAAAUAUAAAUAAAUAACAAAAGUCAAUAAGUAAAUAUUAAAAGCAGAAAUAAAUCAUUAGCCAAGUUUAAUCUACCUCCUAGACAAUUAGAGACAUUGGUGUGGCGGCUCGGCUUUGUCUAGAUGUGCUACGUCACGUCGAAAGUCACAGAAGUGUCAUUUGAAAGUGUUAUGUCACUUGUCAGAAUGAUCCAAGAGGUUGACCACACUGUCACCAUCGUUUGGGAGGAGAAAGAAAGAGCUGACCACUCGCUGGAGGCCUUGAGUGCAGUUGGGGGAGAAAGGAACAAACUUGUCAAUCGCCAAAGAUCGGGAUUUUAAAGAUAAUCGAUAAUAUCUAUUUUGCUAGAUAAUAAUCAAUUAUUGUCUUUAUAUCCCUAAUGGUAAUACAUGCAAAAGCUUAAGUUCCUAGUAUCGUGGCACUUUAGGAGCCACUAGAUCAAAGGAGUUUGGUCACGUGGAGUGCUGAGUAGUAGUUUGUGGCAAGUUUAUCCUAUGUCGCUCAGCGCGCCACGUGACCAAGCACAUCUGAUCUAGCAACUCACGAAAGGCCAUGAUACCGAGAACUUCAGCUCUCACACGUAUCAUCGUUAGGGAUAUAAAGAUAAUAAUUAAUUAUUAUCUGGUAAAAUAAACAUUAUUGAUUAUCUUUAAAAUCUCGAUAGUUAACACGAAAAUAAGCAUCCAUUCUUCCCUCUUUUUGUAUGAUCAACGUCUCCAAUGAUUGGCAAGCUCAUUCCUUCCUCCCACGAUUGAACUCAAGGUCUCUGAUGAGUGGUCAACUCUUUCCUACUCCCCCCAGACGACGAUGAUAGUGUGGUCGACCCCUCUUUCAGCGAAUCUCUCUAGUAAGCAUCAUAGCACCUCUAGAUGAUAUUUCUAAAACUUCCAACGUGAUGUGACACAUUUGAAUGAAACCAAGUUGUCACACUAGUGUCUCCAAUUGCCUAGGAGGCAGACUAAAUUUGAGCAAUAUUUUAUUUCUUACUUUCAGCAUUUACUUAUCUUUUUUUGUCAUUUAUUUACAUUUUACAGCAAGUUAUUUUCAUUCCAUGCACAUUUUGAUUGAAAUGAGUAGAACUAAUUCAAAACUUAAUGAAUGAUCUUCGUUCUUCUUCUAAAUCCUCCGAAACUCAUCUGAGAGUAAACUAUGAUCAUUUUCAACUUAUUUUCUAUUAAUUUUUGUAGUUGAAUCUUCUCUAUGUAUUUACAUUUUCGGCGUUCCACGAAUAAUGAGUAUUUUUUUAUUUUUGAACGUGAAAUCACUAAGAUUAAAGGUUGAUUAAUGAGUGUUCAAUAGUUAAAAUAAUGUGGAGACAUUCACGGCUGACCUCAUGUCAUGUGUGUGAAUCCUCAAGCACACAUUCAUCCGAGAAUAAUGGUCAUUGUGAAAAUAAGUUGACUAUAUUUCUCUCUUCCUUUAUUUUCAUCUUAUUUCUCUCUCUCUUUUUCUCGUGAGACCUCUCUUUUCUCUCUAUCUUUUGUGAGAUGUCUCUCUUUCUCUCCCUCCCUCUCGAUUAAUCUCCUUCUCUUUCUCUCUCUCCAUCUCACAUGAGAUUUCUUUCCUCCUCUCUCUUUCUCUACCCUUCACGAGAGAUCUGAUCCCUUCUCUCUCUCAUGAGAGCUCUCUCUUCUUUCUUUUACUCCUUUUUCUUUGCUUCCCUUCCUUUAUUCUUCUCACUUCACCUUUCUAUUUUAUUAUUUCCAUUUAAUAUUAAUAAAAUAUUAAAAUUAUUUUAUAUAUAAACUAAAUUAGUUUUCAAGAUGGAUUAAUCAGUCUCUUUGUGUUUGACUUGAGACUUACUUCUAUACUAGUAUUUUAUUAAGUUUUAGCUAUAAAUAUAAUUAAAUAAUAUGUAUUUAAACACAAUGACAAGUGCACAUCAUGACAUCUAUUCGCUUCCCAUACUCUAAGUGAAAUUAAAUUCUGAUGCAAUAUUAGAACAUGACAAAUAUUUCCAAGCUCUCAGAUCACUUCAUCAAAUAUUCAAACCUUCAUUGAGUCAAUGCCAACAACUUUGCAAGUUACAUUGUUUCUCAUAGAACUCCUAUUACACUCCUAUGUGAGUCAAGCUAGUCAACAUUAUGACACAUGAUAAAAACAACCAAUAUCAAGAAUUCAUGUGUUCGACAACUCCUCAACUGUAACAAGAUUAAAACAGACCACCAUCUUCUCUAUCAUCAACCUUCACAACAUUAGUCGAACUAGAUUCACCUUUUGUUGCCUUAUCAUUCCAAUUCUUGAAAUAAUUUCUUCACAAGUGUCCCUUUUCAUGACACUUGUGACAACUUUAAUUUUUCAACUAAUUUAUCUAUGACUUAUAUCAACUUUUCUUAUCUCUUGAUGAUCGCUUCUCCUUCUAUCUUUCACAUUCUAUUCUACCAUUCACAUAUAAACCUUCACCAUGAGCCUCACCAAUAUUUCUUCUUUCGAUGAUAAUAUUCCAUCAAUGAGUUAAUAACAUCUUAAAAAAUUGGUGCUGCACUACCAUACAAUAAGGUCGUAACAAGAUGAUCAUAUGAAUAAAAAAGAGAAAUAAGUAGAAUAAUAACUUUUUUUUUAUUAGAAAAAUCUGAUUUCAUAUGAAGUAAGUCAUUCAACAAUUAAUUAAAAUAAUUAAUAUGAGAUGUAAAAUCAUCUUUAUCUAACAUGUGUAACUCAAAUAAAUUUUUCUUUAAUGUCAAUUUGCUCAUUAUUGACUUUGAUCUUACAAACUAGAGCAUUUAGAAUAAUAAAUCUUACAAACUAGAGCAUCUGGAAUAAAGGAAACCGGCCCAUCUAACAAAAUAAUGCUAAAGAGGCCAGACUGAGUUUAGUAACACAUUAUUCUAUAGAAACUUAUGAACUAGUGAUAAAGUAGAACAUUUCUCAUAACAUGAAGGCUUCCAAGUCUUGUUCCUCUAUGCCCAACAGCUGCCUGAUUCUGGAUCCAAUCCAGAGUACCCUACGCCCUUGGGAUAGAGAUGACUUUGGCUCUUAUUUCACUACAAUUGGCCAUAAAUGACCCCAAUAGAGAUGUUAUCAGUACUUGUGUGGUGGCGGCGGUAAUUUGUAGUAGUAGUGCACCUUCAGAGGGGGUGGCGGGGGAGACUUAUCGUAGUAGUGCUUCUUCGGAGGAGGUGGAGGGGGAGACUUGUAGUAGUAGUGCUUUUUGGGAGGAGAAUGCGGUGGGGGGGACUUGUAGUAGUAGUGCUUUUUGGGAGGAGAAGGCGGUGGGGGGGACUUGUAGUAGUAGUGCUUCUUUGGAGGAGGAGGGUAGUGCUCCUUAGGUGGAUGAGGUGGUGGAGAUUUGUAAUGGUAAGGAGGUGGAGAAGGGGACGGGCACUUGGCAGCAGAGGUCACUACCAUACCGCUCAAGGCCAAGAGAAGGGCCAGGACAGCCGUCAUGGGCGUCGUCGCUACUUGACCCUUCGGAGGGGACGCUGAAACUUGUAAACCUAACCUCCUCCGCCCAACCCUUCCACCGCCUGCUCUCUCCCGAGCUUUGGUGUUUGAUGCUGAGAAUCAGCGGGCAGCGCCCCAAUUUAUAGGAGUUGAGGGACGGUGGCGAAGGGGUUACGGGCGCCUGCUUGAUCCGAAGGACCACUGAAAGAAGUAAAAUAAGAUAUUCUUUUAUUGUCGUGUGAAUCGGUCUGAGGAGCCUUGUCGCGGUCCAAAAGGGGCUCAUGGCCCACGCCUUUGACUUCUUCCUGUUUGCGGCCAUGUUCCAUCAAGGUAGCUGCAGGUUUGAAAAUUUUCCCUAGCGGUGACUUGAUGCGAAAGCUUUCUCUCUCGCUAUCGCAUCCACGGAGUUAUUAAACUCGUGAAAAUCAACACCUUCGUUGGUGUCGCAUUGUAAGCAAGUCUUACGACGACGAAGUGGCAAUUUUCCCUUUUGUCAUAGUGAAGGAUGAAAUAAAUUAGGCGGGCAAGUUUGCAACUCCCCCAGGAUAACUGACUUAAAUCAUCAGUCAGAGACUAAUUUUGUUUUAGAAGUCGUCAAAGCCAUCCAGUUAUGAAUAACCCCAUCAUUGUCUACAACUGGAUUUAUACAUUUAGUUAGCUUAAUUAACUUAGUAUAUAAUAUGUGUUCAUUUCUGAGAACUACUAUUUUUAAAAAACCCUUCAGCUGCUUCCCACCGCUUGGUCACUGCAGCUCUACUGAUUAAAAAUUUGGUUCUUCUUCAUCUCGCCGUCCGACCUGGCGGUGUUCGGCAAUUAGGUGGCGACGGCGGUCAGAAAUACCGGUGGCAAAAGGGAUACAAUCCUAGAGAGCAUUUUGGGUGGGGAUUGGAGUUCCAUGCGUAAUCAGAUAGUUCCCUGCAUGCAUCUCAUGUGUGACUGAUCUACCUGUGUUAAACUUCCUCUUCUUUCUCUUCGAACACUAAGUAAUUCAUGGGGCAAAUGAUACCUAUGAAGGCCCCCUAACCCUCAUGCAUAUCCAUCUCCUUCUCCCACUCUCCAUCGACCAUCAGGCGUUUGCUUCAACCUUUGUGAGUAUCAUCCUCUCUCUCUCUCUCUCUCUCUCCCCUGGAGUGUUCCCCCUGGAAGCUACGGAAUCAUGUCUCCUUAGAGAGCCACGUUCCAGACGACCGCCUCGCUUUCGCCGUACGUGCGGUGGACUACCUCCACGCGGUCAGCGGCUUUGCAGACCCCACUGCAGGACCAAUCAAAGGUCGCCAGGCAGAUGUUCCCCGCCCGGGUCUUCCACUCUGAGUCUACAGAAAAGACGACGGCGACGAUGAGAGAGGAGAUCGCGGGUGCCACCAUCGUCGGCUGAUUUUCGUCCCUUUGGGCCCGAUUCCGGGGCCAAACAAUCCCGAGGGAAAUCCGAUUAGUGGGAGGAUGGGGAGGCGGGGUACCUACCCGGGGGAAUGCGUCAUCCAGUUGGAGGACGAGAUCGAUCAGCCAGGAUCCGAGGGACACAUCAUCGUUCGUGUACCUGUGCAGUAUGGGCCUCCAUGUAAGUCGAAUAAGUGCACCAUUUACAGAGAGAGAGAGAGAGAGAGAGAGAGAGAGAGAGAGAGUUAAAAAUGGAUGGAGGGAGAGGAGUAGAGAGGGAUACAGAGGAAGAGGAAAGAGAUGUAAGGAGAGAGAAGACAAUAAUGCAGGAAAAAGAGCAGAGAGUCAGAGAGAGAGAAACGUGGGGGAAGUGUGUGGUUUGGGCGCACGAGUUGAUGGAGAUUUAGGCGGCGAGGUCCUUGGAGAUGGCGUAGAUCUGGCCGGUGGCGUGGCGGAAGUACUUGUUCCCUUCUUCACCGAACUUCCAGAACUGGGGUGA